AUGGUUCUCCUCCGGCGGGGCUCCCCCUCUCUUCCUCGCGACAACACCGGCGACGCUGGCGGCGAGCAAUCAGGCGACUGGGCGGCGCGACCCUUUUCCCCCUUCGCGGUCCUCCCCUUCACCUCAGAUUUGCUCUGCGACGGCGCAGGGAUGGUGGCACGGCUGGACUGGGUGUGGCCUCGGUGGUUUGAGGAAGGGGGAAACGUUUGUGGUGUGGCUGCUGAGUUGGGUGAGAGGGUAACCGGUCACGGCUCAAAUCAGUGUAUCGCUGAGGUAAUUACUCAACUUAGCUCUCAUUUUGCCAUGAAAUACAUGGGGAACCUGCAUUAUUUUCUUGGAUUAGAAGUAACACACACUGCUGAUGGCGGUCUUCUGUUAUCUCAAACUAAGUAUGUCAAUGACAUCUUAAGAAAAGCCAAUAUGAAGCCUCUUGAAGCAUAUUGGAAGGUAGUAAGCGCAUUUUGCGAUACAUCAGUGGCACUGCUCGCUUUGGUUUGUGGAUUCAACUGGCUAAAGAGCUCACACCUCACAAUUUAUACCGAUUCUGAUUGGGGGUCUGAUCUUGAUGAUCGGAAAUCAACCAACGAUUAUUGUGUAUUUCUGGGAUCUAAUUUAAUUUCUUGGUCUUCAAAGAAACAUCAUGCAGUCUCUCGAUCGAGCACAGAGGCCAAAUAUCAGGGUGUGGCUGAUGCAGUUGCAGAAGCAGUCUCCAUUCAGAAUUUGCUGCAUGCUAUUCAUGCCCCCAAUGACCAAACUGCCUGUGAUUUACUAUGA